CACUGAACACAUCCUGCCUUCACUUGUCCAUUACCUCUUCCUCUGAAAUUAUUGUGUGACUCAAGUGAAACCGGCGCUAUGACUCAACCCAACCCUUACGUUCUGGCCGCCGAUAAUCCGGGCGCCGUCCUGACUCUAUUGCAGUCCAACCCCUCCAUCGCCUCGAACCAGGAUGAGCACGGAUAUUCAUUACUCCAUGCUGCGGCUUCUUACGGACACAUCGACCUGCUACGCGCUCUGGUGAAGGACUACAACGUGGACGUCAACCUGCUCGACGAGGAUGGUGAAACCUGCCUGUUUGUGACGGAAAGCCUCGACAUUGCGAAAUGCCUGGUUGAAGAACUGGGUGUGGACUACAACAAGAGAAACGAUGAGGGCCUCGCAGCCUAUGAGACUAUUGAGAGCGAUGGCUCUUUCCCGCAAAUUGCUGCUUAUCUGCGGCAAGUCGCAGGCGUGCCUGAGCCCGAGGCCGACUCGGCUGGCGACGCACUAAACCCGGCUCCGCCGCUUCCCCCGAACAUUCAAAUGAACCUGGGCACAGUGUCGGAACAGGAGGCUAGUGCGGGAAUGGACGAGGUGGAUCCCGAGUUCAAGCGGCGCAUUGAUGAGCUGGCCGCGCGUGAGGAUUUCCACAGCGAAGCUACGCAGAGCCAACUGCGCCAGUUGGUCAUGGAUGCUAUUUCGGGCUCCGGUAUCAACACCCAGGAGCGUGAGGUGCGCCGCAGGACGGAUUAAGCAGCAUAAUAUAGCAGAUUGCCGGUAUACUGCGGCCCUCUGACAACACUGGAUACCCAGUUUCCUGCUUAGAGGUUUCGGAGGUCUUCCGGAGAGGCCGUUCACGUCUCGCAUCAAUUGGCGCCUCGGGCCUUGGACCUGCAGCUCGAACAAGCCUAUUUCACCGCGCCUGGUGUGACUUCGAGCCUAGCAGGAGGUAAGGUCUUUUGACUUAUAACCUGGUACUUGGAGCAGUGGUGUCUCGGCCAGGCGGCACUGCAUGAACAAGGGCCCUAUAAUGCGCCCAAAGCACGCGAGCAGAGCAUGACGGGCAGCUGAGAGAGGCAGCAUACUACCUUAUGUGACCAAGAAUUA